UCUUGACCCAUCUCCACAAAAUAUGGUAGCUCUUAACAUGUUAUGGAAGCUCUCUAUAGUUGUGGCAUUUGGGUUUUCCGCUACGGCUACCUCAACAGAUAUAGCCCCGGAGCAACCCAAGAAGGAAUCGUUCUUAAGUAGAUUCUUCGGUAAGAAUGAGAAAUCUGCCACUAAAUCUCAUGACGUAUCCGAACCGACGAAAAUUGACACUCAAAAACACAGUGAAACAGGUCUCCCCAAGUACGAUGUAGAGUGGUAUCUGUUACCAAAGCCUGAAAAUAGAGCUGCACUACGUAGUUUUUUGCCGUGGUAUUUGUCCCUUUCUGUGCCAUAUGACUGUAAUGAGGCAAUAGAGACCGAAGUUGAACAAGACAUUAGGGAGUAUUUCUUAUGGAGUGACUUUGAAUGGUAUAUGCUGCCCGAGCCGGGAAGCAGAACUACGCUUCUUAAUUUGUUACCACCUGAUUUGGCCUCUAUGAUCCCAGAAGACUGUAACGAACCAAUAGAGUUCGCAGUAGAAAAACAAAUUUGGAAGUAUUUAUCAUCGAGUGAGCAUGAGCAGCAGGCAAUGCGUCCAUCUUGAUAUUAUUGUUCCAGGUAAAUUAUAAAUCUUGGCGCAACUUGAUGAAAACGAGGUUAUAAUAAAGUAAUAGUACUUCGGCAUC